CCAGACGCGAGGAAAACUCUGCUUAUCGAUUACGCACGUAACACACAUUUUCCCCUCAACCGAAAGGCCAGUGUCGUCGUCGUGCAAAAGUUACAAACAAUUAGAAAACCGUAUUUUGGCUGCCGAAUGAUAAUGAAAGUGAUGAUGAGACUGUAAGUGGGGGACAAAAGCAAAGAACGAGACCCACUGGGACGAAGGAAGUGGAAGCGAGAGCCAAAUAACCAAGAGAGAGCACUGAAGGAAGGCGGUUGAAGGGGAGGAAAGAGCGAGGGCUAUACCAAGGAACUAAACACCACAAUGAAUCCCUACAAUGCUGGAGGAGGAGGCGGAGCUGCACCCAAUCCCUUUGGGGCGCCAUCAGCGGCAGUACCUGGCUAUGGCCAGCAGGGUGCGGGUUACGGCUAUGAGCAGCAGUCAACAGGUGGCUACGACCAGGGCAACUACGGGGUGGAGCAGCAGGCAGCUGGAUACGGUCCUCCAGGGGCCAGGCCUCGCGUGGAUGUGGAGGCGACCGGCGAGGUGGAUCCCAAUUUAUAUCCGGAGGCCAAGGAAUCAACGCACAAAAUACGCGGCCACUCGGACAUCCUGGAAAUGUUCUUCGGCGCGAGCACCGAACGGGAGUUGAUACCGGUUAAGAGCUUCUACUUUUUCUUCUACGCGGCCUUCGGCUCGCUCUUCCCGCUGAUGGGCGUCUACUUCAAGCAGAUGGGCAUGAAUCCGGGCCAGUGCGGCAUCCUGGUGGGCAUGCGGCCGUUCGUCGAGUUCCUGUCAGCCCCCUUCUGGGGAUCCUACGCAGAUCGCUGUCGCCAGGGCAAGAAGCUGCUGCUGGGCUCGCUGGCCUGCUGGGUGCUCUUCACCAUUCCGCUGAGCUUCAUCCGGCCGGAGGCCAUCAACUGCAUCGAGCGCCGGAAUGCCACGGACUUCGUGCUGACCUACACGCGUACCAAGCGCGAUCUCUCGGCCAUGUACGACUGGGAUCAGGAUCAGGGCACUAUGCCCGCGGAGGAGGCCCUGGAGGAGGCCGAGGCCGCUCACAGCCGGAGCAAGAGAUCCCUGCUGUUGCCCAGAAUCGAUGCAGGCAUCUCGCCGGUGCACAUCAACUUUGUGAGCAACUACGACGACAAGUACCAUCGCGACUAUGUGACGCCCAUCUUCAGUUCCAUGGUCUACAGGACGCCGGAUAUCCAAAAGGCCUUCUUUCUGCUGCUGCUGGUGAUCCUCAUUGGGGAGUUCUUCAGUGCCCCGGCCAUCACUCUGGCGGACUCGGCGGUGAUAACGCUGCUGGGCGAGGAUGCGGACAAGUAUGGACACCAGCGCAUGUUCGGCUCGCUGGGCUGGGGCAUCUCCAUGUUCCUGGUGGGCAUUGCCCUCGACCACUCUACCUCGUUCUCCAACCAUCCCUGCGGUGCGGGCAACAAGGAGAAGAACUACAACAUCUGCUUCUCCAUCUUCUCGGUGCUGAUGACCUGCGCCAUCAUCUCGGCCUCGAAGAUCACCUUCAAGUACGACCCGCUGGACGAGCAGCAGCAGCAGGCCUCCGCACAGUUUGUGGACCCCAGCAAGAAGGCCGCCGAGGAUGAGUCGAUGAACCAGCUGGCCGCUCAGCUCAAUCUACCAUCACUGGCAGUGGGUAGCGGCAGCGCCGCCUCAGGGGGCGCCAGUAGUUUCCCGGCCGGCGGCCAUCAGCCACAGCCGCACAUUGGCGCCGAGUCCAAGGUGUUCGCGCAGACGGCCAAGGAGCUGCCCGAGUGGAUGACGGUGCUCACGCACUUCAAGGACGUGAAGACGGCCUCGUUUCUGUUCGUUGCCUGGUUCAUGGGCUUCGGAAUCGGCCUGAUCUUCACCUUUCUGUUCUGGCACCUGCAGGACUAUGGCGGCACGCCCACCCUCUUCGGUGUGGCGUCCGUGAUCAAUCACGUGUCCGAGAUCUUUGCCUACUUCUUCAGCUUCCGUCUGAUCACCCAGAUCGGCCACGUGAAGGUCCUUUGCCUGGGCCUGAUCGGCAAUGUCCUGCGAUUCCUGUACAUCUCGUACCUGACCAAUCCCUGGAUGGUGCUCCCCUUCGAGCUGAUGCAGGGCAUCACCCAUGCCGCCGUCUGGGCUGCCUGCUGCUCGUACAUUGCCCACAACACGCCCAAGCACCUGCGUGCCUCCGGCCAGGGCGUGCUCCAGGGCAUCCACCAUGGGCUCGGUCGCGGCUGUGGCGCCAUUAUUGGGGGAAUGUUCGUCACCUACUACGGUACUACUGCUACCUUCCGUUGGUAUGGUAUUGCCUGCCUCCUGGUGCUCGGCCUCUUUAUUUUCGUCAACUUCUAUCGCAAGGAGCAGGGCUUCAUCUCAGACAUACCCGUCACCGAGGAUCCGCAUCAGGUGGCCGAAGAAACCUCGCAUCUGGCGCCGCACGGGGUGCCCAGCAAUCCCAUACCACGGGCCCUGUCCAACUCCCGUCUGAACGAGAUGAAUCCCAAUGGCGGACCCUACGGCACCUAUCAGACCACUGGCGGCAAUCUGGACAUUCCCGGCGCCAAUCCGCACAAUCCAUUCGCGCAGUAAGGACACACAGUACAGUGCAGUCCCCCAGUACAGUCACAGUCACUCAUGUAAUCCGAAAAUGAUUGAACGAAAGAACAACAACAAAUAUAACCGCAAACAUAUCUUGGACAUUGGCCUGCAAUAUAAAUUGCAUAACGCAUAACGCUUUAUUUUGAUUUGUUGUGCAAUCAAUAUACGAUCUGCAAGUAGCAUAGAAUACAAUAUACAACAAAAACCACACAUACACAUAUAUUUUAUAUAGGAAAUACCAUAUACGCAGGGCAGGAAGGGAGGCAUCCACAUCGGGUAUAAAUAUCGGGAUAUUGUACGACUAAACGGUGGGUGACUAAACGGUUGCAAACAUUUCCGAUUGGUAAUUCAAUAGUUUCUUUAAAAAAUACAAACAUUUAGGUACAUUUUCCUUGUAGUUUUGAUGUAUUUCUUAGUUAAAAUAUAGAAUAUAUUCUAUAAUACUUAAUUUAUAAUGACACCGUGAUUGCAGUUGAUUGCUGGCAAUACAAAUACAUAAGUAAUACAAUACUAUACAAUAUAUAUAGAAACAACUCUGUGCAAUCUAUAAUAUUUAUAGGCCUGUUAUAUUUCAUUUGCAACGCACUGGAAGCUCUAGCCGCCACCAGCCAGUGCAACAUUUUUGUUGGGCGAUCACCAAUCAAAUCACGCAUGAAAUCACCAAUCAAAUCACCCAUGAAAUCACACAUAAAGUACCUAUAAAUCGUGUAACACAAACAAACAAAACGAGGGUAGGAAACACUUAAAUAACCAAAAUUAAAAUCAUAGCUCCAUAAAGGAAUAUUUACUAAUUAAACGAAAGAAAGCAUUAAACACAACUACGAGUAAAACUAAAAAAAGGGAACUAAAACGAAUAACCAAAGUAGAAAAACAAAAGUGAAGAAGUGAAGGAGACCCAAGGAUAUUGUAACGAAUGAUAUUAUGAAAAUCCGCCUCAUUGCAAUCAACUGUUGAAUAUUUUAAUUUUUACACACAACAAGAUAUAGGAACAAAAAUGAUAGACAGGAAUAUUGAGGAGACAGACGUACAUAUUUUCAAAUACCUACGAAAGCAACCAGAAUGCAAAAGAUAAUUAUAUGAAAUAUACAUAUAUAUCUAUAUGUAUGUAUAUGUAUAGUAUAUGGAAGUUGGCGCACCAAAAUCGAAGAGGAAACUACACUGUAUCUGUACCUAGGAGAUAUUUUUACUGAUUUCAUCUAUAGCUAUCUAUAUAAAUAAAUACUGUAUACAUAAAAGAUAUUGUUAUUUUCGAGUUAUGAUUAUUACAUUAUAAAGAUACCUAUGCUAGUUCUUGUGUACAGCACCAGAUUUUCGGGUAAAUGAACUUUAGUAUUAUGCAUACUGUACAAUGGCACUCGCGUUAUGUUUGUUGAGCUAAACCUCUUUCUAUAUACAUAGAUACGAUAUACUAUACUAUACUAUACUAUACUAAAUAAUUAAAAAUAUACAUACCGAUCCCCAAAAUCGAACCGAACAAACACAAGAAAUCAUGUAAUUACGAGUAUGUAUUUAUGUAUGUUUAAUAAACGUUUAACAACCGAGUGAAGAAAAUAA